AUGCCUUCACCCACAGACAUCGCGCAACAAUUCGACACAAUUGAAGACACAAUUGCUGCCUUCAAGAACGGCGAAUUCAUCAUUGUGCUCGAUUCACAAGACCGCGAAAAUGAAGGCGAUCUCAUCAUUGCCGCUGAAUCCAUCACAGCCGCUCAAAUGGCCUUCCUAGUCCGCUACACGAGCGGCCUAAUCUGCGCCCCGAUCACUCCCACACUGGCGACUCGUCUCGCCCUCCCCCAGAUGGUUCUCGAAAACGCCGACCCCAAAUGUACCGCCUACACAAUUACGAUCGACUCCAGCGACGACUCCAUUACAACCGGUAUCUCCGCCGAAGACCGCGCGCUGACGUGCCGGACUCUCGCAUCGCCGGAUGCGCAAAUAGAUUCCUUCCGCCGACCCGGUCAUAUUAUCCCGCUGCAGGCGCGGCCCGGUGGUGUGCGUGAGCGCACGGGUCACACCGAGGCUGCGGUGGAGUUCUGUCGUCUGGCUGGCAAGGCGCCUGCGGGUGUUAUUGCUGAGCUUGUUGAAGAGGGAACUGAAGUUCCCGGUGUGCCGGAGGUUGGGGGGAGUAAUGGUAUGAUGCGCCGGGAUGCGUGUUUGGCGUUUGGAAAGAAGUGGGGGAUUAAGACAUGUACUAUUGAAGAUCUGGUGGAGUAUGUGCAUAAAACUGAGGGAACUGCCAACGGUAAGCAAUAG